AUGAAUGCCGAAGAAGAAGUUUUACGAAUUCAAAAAAAAUUAAAUAAAAUGUCAACUGGUGAUGGAACGGGACAGGAGCAAGCCUUAGAAUUAUUAAAAACAUUACAGCAGUUACCAGUAAAUUUAGAAUUACUUCAGAAAACACGUAUUGGAAUGACUGUUAAUGCCUUACGAAAAUCUAGUCGAGAUGAAGAAGUAAUAGCACUUUCUAAAAUGUUAAUAAAAAAUUGGAAAAAGUUUCUUUCAGGUCCUAAUAAAGAUACAAAAGAUGCAAGUUCAUCUUGUAGCUCAAGGAAGAAAGAUGAUAAAUUCGAUAAAAAUAAAGAAGAUAUUGAUUUAAAAAGAGAAAGAGAAAUUGUUGAUAAUAAAGAUAUUAAAUGUAAAGAAGACAAAUCCAGUAAAGACUUAUAUAAGAAACAGUCUUCUUUCCCAGCUCCUACUACUACUGAUGCAGUACGGCUAAAAUGUAGAGAAUUACUUUCAGCAGCUUUAAGAGUUGAUGGUACAACAAUAGAUGGUUGUGCUAGUCCUGAAGAGUUAGCUGAAGAACUUGAAGAAGCUAUUUAUGCAGAAUUUAAGAAUACUGAUAAUAAGUAUAGAAACAGAGUACGCAGUAGAGUAGCAAAUUUGCGAGAUUCUAAAAAUCCAACUUUAAGAACUAAUUUUAUUAUUGGAGCUAUAACUCCAGCAAGGUUAGCAAUUAUGACUGCUGAAGAAAUGGCAAGUGACGAAAUAAAGCAAUUAAGAGAACAGUUUAAAAAGGAAGCAAUUAAUGAUGCUCAACUUGCUACUGUUCAAGGAACUAAAACAGACUUAUUAAAAUGUGGAAAGUGUAAAAAGAGAAAUUGUACUUAUAAUCAGGUACAAACACGAUCUGCUGAUGAACCUAUGACAACUUUUGUCUUAUGCAACGAGUGUGGAAAUCGAUGGAAAUUUUGUUAAAUUUAAUUUAAAAAGAGGCUCAUUGAUUCAUUUGUAUAUAAUUUUAUUCAUAUAUAUAUAGACAAAGUUUUAAGUUAAGUUUUGGGCUCUAAUUGAAUAUAUUGAAAAGGAAUUUAUCGAAAAUUAAUAACAAUAUUCUUAA